UACAGAUGCUGGGUCAGUUAUAUACAGUCAUUGGUUUGAAGCAGCUUGCGAAUAUAUCCAAUUUUUGAAUGGUAAAUCAGUGGUAGCCUAUUUAAUUGAACUGUGGAAGGCUGGAAUUUAUUUUCGAAGUUAGCAACGACAUCAGUAUCUUAAAGAUGAACCGCCGUGUAAAUGAUCGCUCCAUUUUGCCUUUACGCCAAUAACUUUACUGAUAGGCUACAUUUAGCGCCAUACGGUGUUUUUAUUGGAUAUAUGCUAUAUUUUCUAUUUUGGGCUGGAUAUCGAAUCAUACGGUGAUUUGAAUACAGCCAACUGCAGGAUCAACCGUUUGUUGAUAAACACGAAUCCUUUCUCAUACAGGACCACCUCCGGUGCAUUGAUGCACCCGUUUCAGUGGUUUAACGGGUGCUUCUGUGGUCUGGGACUGGUCUACUCCAACAAGUCGUGCACCAUGCCUCCCAUCACCUUCCAGGACCUGCCCCUCAACAUCUACAUGAUCAUCUUCGGAACAGGCAUCUUCAUCUUCAUCCUCAGCCUCAUCUUCUGCUGUUACUUCAUCAGUAAACUAAGACACCAAGCCCAGAGUGAUAGGUUUGGCUACAGAGAGGUGGUUUUAAAAGGAGAUCCUAAAAAGUUGAAUCUCCAUGGGCAGACGUGUGCUGUUUGCCUGGAAGACUUCAAAGUCAAAGAUGAGCUAGGAGUGUUGCCAUGCCAACAUGCCUUUCACAGGAAGUGUCUGGUGAAAUGGCUGGAGGUGCGCUGUGUGUGCCCCAUGUGCAACAAAACCAUUGCAGGACCCCCAGAACAGCGCAACAGCAUAGGAACACUACUGGACGAACUGGUGUAACCUAACAACAAGCACGGCGUGGGCACUGUGAGCUGGUGUAACCUAGCAACCAACAGAAAGUGAACGCUAUUGUCUGGUGUAUCCUAGAAACCGCCCACAGAUGACUGUGAAAUGGUGUAACCUAGCUACCACCUGGAGAGGACUGUGAGAGCUGCUGUUACCUAGCAACCAACACAGAGCUGCAUACAUGAGUCUACACCACACACCACAUACAGUCUCCAGCUACACACACUUCACCCUGUCACUCUUUCUCUUUGUCUCUGACUGUCUCACUCUUUUUCUCUGUCUUUCUCCCCCAUUUUCUCUCACUAGCCUUCUCUGUCCUUUCUGUCACGCUCUCUGUCUGUCUUUCUCCCCCAUUUUCUCUCACUAGCCUUCUCUGUCCUUUCUGUCAUCUCUCUAUUUCUGUCUUUCUUCUGUUGUCUCUUUGAUCUCUCUCUCUGACACUCAUUUUCUCACCUUCUCUCUUUUCCUCUCUUUCUGUCUUUUACUUCCUCAGAGGUGAGUUCUAGUUCCAAAGUCAGCAAGAGGGAAGAGCUCCAGACAGUUGGAGAGUGUAGGAGCAGGCAGUUGAUUUGAAUGUGUAAAGACAAGAGUGGAACUAUAAGAACCAUGGUGUUGAGAAAAUACAAAAGUGAUGUUCUAUGGGCAUGUGUGUGUUUGUGUGUUGUGUGUGUUGUGUGUGUGUGUUGUCGCACAGAGGAGUCUGUUUGGGUUUGUCACUUGUUGUAUUUAUUUGUUUGUUUAUAACAUGUUUGUUUUGUAUUAUUGUAUAUGGACCAAGGCAAUGUGAGUGACGUGCAUCACCCUCUCACCACAACAUUUUUGUUCUUGGCUGAAAGGUGUUCGUUUUUGAUGUAUUGCACUCUGACACUCUGUGUUUUAUAUACCUCCUGCCAACCAAUGUGUGUAUCGCACUGCACAGGUGGUUUAGUGAAACAUGCUCACAUGUUUUGUAACCUUGCCUGACACCUGAAGACUCGUUUUACCUCCCAACAUUAUUGCCCAGGCUUUGGCUCAGUAGGCUAUUGUGGUUCUGAAAUGUGGAGACAGCCUGAAUUUGAUACCUAGCCAAUCACAUUAAUAGAUUGAGGUAUCUAAGAACUGAAAGGCAAUGCACCUGCUGUUUUCUGUCGUAUUACUGGUGCAGUAUAUACCUGUGACAUUACUUUUAUAAAGCAAAGGGUUCUUCGCAAGUUACAGUAGUUUAGAAGUUCAAUGUUGUGUGAUUGUAUCUCAAGAACAACUCCAUCCGAUGGAAUACAUCAUAUGUCAUUUUUCUCAGUUUGUAAUUCUCUCUCUUUGAAGAAUAUGCUUUCAUUUUUUUUGUGAUGUUUAAUGGCUCCUUUAAUGGCUCCAGUCGAACACAUACCAAGUAAGCACUGCUUAAAUUGAGCACUACUCCUCCCUAUGCAACUGAGUCCUGGACUUCCUGACUGGCCGCCGCCAGGUGGAGAAGGUGGGCAACAUUACCUCCUCAACACUGACCCUCAACACAGAGGCCCAAGGGUGCGUCCUCAAAUUCAGCCUGUCCUCGAGGGCCCUCACAGUGUUCUACAGGAGCACCAUCGAGAGCAUGUUGUUGGGCUGCAUCACAGCCUGGUACGGCAACUCCACCGCCGCAGACCGCAAGGCUCUUCAGAGGGUGUACAUGCAGCCAAAUGCACCAUGGGGUGCACACUGCCCUACAGGACACCUACAACACCAGGAGUCGCAGGAAGUCAAGAAGAUCAUCAGGGACCUCAGACACCAAACCAUGACCUGUUCUCCCCGCGUCAAUCACUCAGACAUGGCAGUACAGAAGCAUCAUGGCAAAAACUGAAAGACGGGCCAAUAGUUUCUGCCCUCAGACCAUCAGGCUGCUGAAAAGCCACCACUAGUCAGCUACCAGCCCCCCAUCCCACCCGAACAGACUUUUAUUCUGCCCCCUCACCAAUGGCAUUUUAUCACUGUUGCUGUUGUUAAUAUGUAUAUUUUAAAUUGUAUUCAAAUGUUGAUUGUUUUUAUUGUGCUCAAUGGUCAUGCUGCUGCUCCCCCUCUGGUCAUUCCACCCCAGCCCCUCAACAGUCUUUACUCUACCUCCACCCCAAUGGUCAUGCUGCUGCUCCCCCUCUGGUCAUUCCACCCCAGCCCCUCAACAGUCUUUACUCUGCCUCCACCCCAAUGGUCAUGCUGCUGCUCCCCCUCUGGUCAUUCCACCCCAGCCCCUCAACAGUCUUUACUCUACCUCCACCCCAAUGGACAUUUAUUUAUUCCUCACUGCUACACUUAUUAUGAUGUGUAUAUAGUGCUAUUUAUACUGUUGUUAUUUCUAUUUCAUUAUUUUAUUUCAAAGGUCCUGCAUGUUAAUGCUCAAAGACUUUCACUGUACCCUGCAAUCCCACCUGCAAACCCACCUACAACCCUGUACAUGUAACUAUUAAACACCCUGAAUCUGAAUCUCUACCAC